AUGAGGGUCCUUUUCUGGAAUAUCCGAGGGUUCGGCAGGAAGGGGCGCCGAACCCUUCUCAAGGAAUACUUGCGCCUUCACCAUAUUGACGUGGUGCUGCUCCAAGAAACCAUCAAACAGGACUUUUCGGACGCUGAGCUCAGGAGCCUUGAAAUCGGGGACAAGUUCUUCUGGGACUGGCUCCCCGCUUCGGGCCAAUCGGGUGGGAUGCUCAUUGGUGUUCGUGACAUCAUGGUGUCGAACCGCACAUUGGAUAUCAUCGGAGUGUAUGGCCCGGCCGAUCACGGGCGCUCAAGGGAGUUCCUCCAAGAACUAUCGGUCAAGAUAGCUACCUCAACCAGACCACUGCUCUUGGGAGGUGACUUCAACCUCAUUCGUGCGGCAGAGGACAAAAACAACAACAACCUGAACUGGACUUUGAUCGACCUCUUCAACGACAACAUUGCUAGCUGGGGCCUUAGAGAAAUUCCUCGAACUGGGGCGAGGUUUACUUGGACAAACCGCCAACUUAACCCAGUCCGCUCAGCCCUCGACAGAGUUUUCGUCUCGCCCAACUUCGAAGCUAUCUUCCCGUUAUGCUUGCUAGCGGCAGAAACAAGUCUGGGCUCGGAUCAUACCCCUCUGGUCUUUGACACAGGGGAAGGGUUCCCUGUUCGUAGAAACCGCUUCUUCUUUGAGUCCUCCUGGUUGGAACGACCGGAGUUCAGAUCGAUAGUGCACACUUCUUGGGAAAAUCUCAGUAGCAAAGUAGGAGGCCGAGAUAUCCUUGAUUGGUGGAAUUUCAUGAGUGCGGGGCUCAGACAACAUCUCAGAGGCUGGAGUCACAAUCUGGGGCGUGACUCCAAAGAAACAAAAGCGGCGCUGCUCGCCCAAAUCACCCAGUUGGACGCACAGGCCGAUGCUGCGGGCCUCGAUGAGGAGGGAUGGGCCGCGAGAUACCACUUGGAGGAACAGCUUCUCCACCUCUAUCGGGUAGAGGAGGAAUACUGGAAGCAAAGAGGAAGAACUCACUGGACGCUCCAUGGCGAUGCAAACACUGCCUAUUUUCAUGCUGUUGCGAAUGGGCGCCGGCGCAAAUGUCACAUCUCUAAGCUUAAUACAAGUCAGGGGCCAAUCACGGAUCAGAGACUGAUUCAACAACACACCUAUGACUUCUAUCGUGAGCUGCUGGGCACCACGACAACAAGGGGUUGCGGGUUAGCCCCAGAUACCUGGGCUGGUCGACAAAGGGUGUCGCAAACUGAGAACGAUAGGCUGAUGCUUACCUUCUCUGAGGAAGAACUGGAGAACAUUGUCAAGGAUAUGAAAACGAACACUGCUCCCGGGCCGGCCGGACUGCCUAUUGUUUCCAAGGCGUACGUAGCUCGCCUUGAUCCAGUGGCCAAUAGAAUCAUCAGCGCUAACCAGACAGCAUUCAUAAAAGGCAGAAACAUCCUGGAUGGCCUGCUUGCACUCAUAGAAAUCAUCCACGAGCUGAAAUCCAAGAACUUAGGAGGGAUUCUCCUUAAGCUUGACUUUGAGAAAGCCUACGACCGAGUAAAUUGGGAUUUCCUGGCGGAGGUUCUCAGAGCUAAGGGGAACAAGCGAGGAGUGCGGCAAGGGGACCCACUCUCUUCGCUGCUGUUCAAUUUCAUCGGAAAGGCCCUUUCCGCUAUCCUUUCUGCUGCUAGGAGGGCCGGACAUAUCCAUGGGGUCAUCCCACAUCUUAUUCCAGGGGGAAUUUCACAUCUACAAUACGCCGACGACACACUUAUCCUUAUCCAAAACUCGGAUGAAGAUAUUGCGAAUCUUAAAUUCCUCCUCAUGUGCUUCGAGGACAUGUCCGGACUAAAGAUAAACUACCACAAGAGUGAAGUAAUCCUCAUGGGCCAACAGAGACAGGAGCAGACCAGAAUCACCAACAAACUGAAUUGCAAGCUGGGGGCUUUUCCCUUCAUCUACUUAGGGCUCCCUAUUUCGGACCGGAAGCUGACGCUUGAACAAUGGUUCUUCCUUGUGAGGAAACUCGCUAUCAAAGUAGAACCUUGGCUGAGGAAAUUGCUUUCCUCGGGUGGACGGCUCAUCCUCACCUACGCCUGCCUUGACAACCUACCUAUGUAUGCGAUGGGGCUCUUCCUCUUGCAUGAUGGGAUUCAUGCAAGAUUUGACUCCCACCGCUCCAAGUUCUAUUGGGAAGGGGGGCCCGAAACGUAA